CUCUCUCUCUCUCUGUGCGUAAAGGUAAGCCGGGAAGCAUUUCCUGUGAGUUAGACUACCUGAGUGAAUCAACCUCAAACUUAUCAGUGUUUGGUUAUGUAUGUGAAGUUUAACUGCGGAUGUGUGGGGUAGAGACACAGAAACAGUCACAGAGCAAACACACGAGGAGCGGGACACACCUACCCACACUUGUUCAGAGAGUAAGUUAGAAAAUGAGUACCGGGACUUCGUUGCACAGUUCACCGAAGCAGUCACGGAAAAGUAAGAAGAAACAGCUGCUGAAACAGGAGACUCAAAGAUGGAUACCUGUGCAGAUCUGCAGCCAUCCAGUUACAAGCCAGUCAAGGACGGUCUGGAAAGUUCAACUGCCUUCAGCUUCCUCCGGUCAUGAAUAUUCCAGCAUCGGCACACACAGAUUUGCCAACAAGGUGGAGGAAACUGUGCAGAAUCACAUGGCUUACUCCAUCCAGGAGGAGGGUGGAGGUGCCAACUGGCAACUGGUAGCAGAAGAAGGGGCGAUGAAGGUAUACAGGAGGGAAGUGGAGGAGAACGGCAUUGUCCUGGAUCCUCUCAAAGCGACACAUGCUGUGAAGGGGGUAACUGGACAUGAGGUCUGCCACUACUUCUGGGACACUGCAGUCCGAUUGGACUGGGAGACCACCGUUGAAAAUUUCCACGUUGUGGAAAAGCUCUCUGAUAAUGCCGUCGUUGUCUACCAGACGCACAAGACAGUGUGGCCUGUCGCUCAGAGAGAUGUGCUCUUCCUGUCAGUCAUCAGGAUGAUUCCACCGAGAAAUGAAAGUGAACCCGACACAUGGAUCGUCUGCAACAUCUCUGUGGAGCAUGAUGAUGUACCUCUAACAAACCGGUGUGUUCGUGCCAAACUUAAUGUUGCAAUGAUCUGCCAAACGCUGGUGAGUCCACCAGAGGGCGACAAAGAGAUCAGCAGAGACAACAUCUCGUGUAGGGUCAGCUAUGUUGCCAAUGUGAACCCCGGAGGCUGGUUUCCAGCAUCAAUCCUCAGACCUGUGGCCAAGAGAGAAUAUCCCAAGUUCCUCAAACGCUUCAGCUCCUACGUCCAGGAGAAAACCGCCGGGAAGCCCAUCCUUUUCUGAAUUCAACGAGGUAACCAGGACCCCAAGCACAACUUGACUGGCAGCUACAUCUUGUAUAAUUAUAGUUAAUUAUAUUUGUAUAUUUUUGUUUUAUUGGGUUAAUUUAAUUACCAUGCAUACAAUCUUUGACCUUUUAAGUUUAACUAAGUUCAUGAUUUCUUUUCUUUUUUGAGAUUGGAUUGAUUUUAUUGAAGUGAACGAGGUAAGAUCUACAGAAUCUGUAAUUAUUCAGAUGCCCCUCGAGAUUUAAAACAAAAGUAGUUGUUUAUGAUCUUAGCUAGAUUUGUAUGUAAGCACAAGAAUUUCCUGAGGUGAUUUUUUUGGGGUAAAUUAUUUCGUGCAUUUCUAUUGAUUAUCCAUUUCUUGACUUUUUUUUUGGGGG